AUGUCGACAGUGUCGCUGUAUUUGGAUGAUAUGGAUCUGAUAUCACUGUGUGUUUCCUAUCCGCCGCUUCAGCCCUACUUUUUCUCUCAGUUGAAGAACCUCGCUAUUCUCACUCACCCGUUCUGUCUCAUCGAAUAUGACAUAGAUCGAUGUCGACGCUUAACUCACCUCUUGGCUUUAUCGUCGGAAGAAAACUUCACGGCAUUUCACAGGAUACCGAAAACUCUGCGGAUUCGUCAGCUCCACUUGGGAUGGUCAGGACUCCCCGAAUAUUCCUUCAACAUAGAGGAAGGAGGAAACAUAGGAUGGAUUGAAAUGUUUUCAACUAUCGCGGCGACUUGUCCUAAUAUAAAUCAGUUCGUUUAUGAGGCGGGUUCCCCAACAGGAGCUCAUCGACCGCCGUCGUCAGAUCAAACACAAGGAUGUCAGUGUGAUGACUGCGCCAUGGCGCUUAUUAUGAAAUCCUUACCUCCUAUGCCAAAUCUUAAAAAACUCUGUUUGUACACCGAUACUCAACCCGACAUACAAUUCUCCAUCGCCAACAUCAUAUCGCGGGCUCGAAUUGAGGAGUUUAAAUACAUUAGCAGCGGCCAUCCGUAUGUUCACCGAGAGCUUAUUUCUAAAAUACAAAGUACACAGUCAUUACAGUCUUUAGUAUUACUCAGUCGCUCGCCUGCUGCGACCUUGACGUUGCUUACCGUGAAGCUAUGCACGGCGUUUUCCACCAUCCAUCACUUGCAACUGGACGAUCAUUCUUGGCAAAGCCCUGAUCGUGCCCAUGCUCUGGAACUGAUCGCAACGUUGAACUUGACCAACCUUAAGUCUUUUAGAUACGAAGCUACAUUGUACCGAGGUGUAACCACUAAUGUGAACCGAACAACAAAUCUUCCUGGCUGGCCCGGUGUCGGGCUGAGAGAUGUGUCACGCAUCUUACCGGGAGAGACGCCGCCGCCCAGGGAUGCAUACGACCUUCGCAGGUACCCCGAAUACAUUGGGUACCUAGAAAGCAACAAAGGUAUCGUGUUGACCAAGUUUUUCAUGAGCUUUUCCAGUCUGACUCGUGUCGAGUUAAAGAACUGCUCGUUUUUGAACGAUACUUUUUUCUCAAGUAUCUGGCAAUGUUUGCCCUUUUUGUCGGAGCUGCUGAUACAGGAUUGUCCCGAUAUUACGGGCACAUCAAUUGAAUCGUCCUGCGGGAAAGGAUGGUCACAGCUGACGAAGCUGGACAUUUCGACGUGCAAAAACUUGACUGAUCAAUGUAUAUAUGCCAUUGCUGAAACAACCAAAGCGAGCCGCGUUCAACUUUUGGUAUAUGAACGACCAACGGCUUUCUUAAAUCCAGUUGUGAACGGUAUAAUCGAACUGGGAUAUAGAAUCGGCCGUACACAUAAGCCGAGUAGUACAAUUUUACUCCGAGGAUUUGGGAAUGACGAGGCAGGUACUGAGUAA